AUGAAUGAAAUUUUCCCUACUUCUUUCGCUUUUGCUUAUUUCUUCUUUCUUUCUUCCUCUUCCGGAUCCCACCGCCUCAUCUCUCUUCCUCCACUCAGAGUGCUACAAACUAAGAGAUUCCCCAGUUCAAUUAUGAAGUUCUUCAAGGUGACUUUCAGUUGUUCGACGUCUACACCACAGACGAUUUGCGAUUUGCAGUGAAAUUUGAAAGUGAGUUUGAUGAUGCACACCAAGUGCUCGAUGAAAUGUUACAACCAAAUGUUAAUGUUUCCUACAUCUGUUGUACUCUGUGAAUGCAAGGAUUUCCAAGCACUAUGAUCUUGUCGAUCUAUUACUGUGUCCCUGGUAAAUAUGUGGAAUUGAGAUAAAGCAUUGGUGGUUUUCAGUGCUGAUUGGAGAUGUGUUGUUGACAACCUUUUAACCAAAAAGAGGUGCUGCAAAGGCUUCAACAAUUAAACUAUAUACUCAAUCAUCAACUACACAUGAUUCUCUCCAAACGAAUCCUUUUGAAUGAGGGUAAAACGGUAAUUAGUUUGCUAUUUUAUAAAUACAUCAAAUUUUAUUUCUUUUUAACUACAAUGUAUAAGCCACUAACAAUGAUGUGUUCUUGAUUUUUAAGGUUUUUUUUUAUUAUUUUUUUUUGUUGAUGCUUCCUGUUACACGUCGACAACACUGUCCUGUAAAGCAAUCACAAACUUAUCUGACCUUAUUCAUUCUCCCCUUGGGCAAUUACCACUAACCAUUGAAGACCGUAUGCAAACAUUCUCAAGAUACAGGAACAAGAAAACAAAGAGGAAUUUUGGCAGAAAAAUCAAGUAUGCUUGCACAAAGGCUUUGGGGGACAGUCCGCAUACAAGGAUUUUGCUAAGAGGUACUUGACUGGCAAAUCCCUUAACAGAAGUAUUCCAGCAUGGAUCAAUAGUGGAGAUACUGCAUAAUGGAGCAGUAUGAUAGAAGACACAAUGACUCUAGGAGCCGAAGCCCUGGCGUGGAUGGACAAUGUGGGCGUUCGAUAAAAUCGAUGACGAUCAACUUUUUUUCUAUUGAUGAGCUGGUGGGACAGAAAAUGAAGAGAAUGGUAAAAUUGUCCAAAUGAUGAGAAAACCAACUAUAAACCUCUCCAUUCCCUAAGAUCAAAGUAGGAUGCCUUAAUAUGAGCAUUUGAGAAGUACAAUGCAAUAUUUUAGUUUCAGAAUUUUUUUUUAAAAAACAAAUCUUUUUAGUAUUCUAAAGUUUAUUGUUAUUAUUAUAGUAAUGAACUAUUAAGAAGGGGAAGGUCAUUGUUAUUUUAAGGGGUUUGUUUGUUAAUCUCACAGAUUUCUUUUUGUAAAGUUUAUGUUGAAGGGUGUUGAAACAAAAAAAAGCAGAUG